GGCGAAGAAGAUAAUUUAAAAACUGGCGGACAAGAUCUUUUUUUAAAUCUUCAAGGAAUCUCUGAAUACUUUUGGACAGAAGGACAUCGCUAAAGAAGGCAAACAUGACUGCAGACAAUGAUAUUGAGAUAAAGGAAGCCUUUCAGCGGGCACAAAAAGCUCACAACAACAAGGCCAAACUUGCUGCCAGUUUGAAGAGCAGAUACAACAAGUUGGAAGACAAAACUGCCUUCCAUGAAGAGUUCGUCCAUUACCUGAAGUAUGCCAUGAUUGUCUACAAACGGGAGCCAGCAGUGGAGAAUGUGAUUGAUUUUGCCACCAAGUUUGCAACCAGUUUUGAGACUACGGUCACUGAGGGACAAGAGGAAGAGGAGGAGGAAGAGGAAGAAAAUCCAUUCCUGAACUUCCUGUUCACUUUCCUCUUGGAGUCGCACAAUGCCAACAGUCAUGCAGUGCGUUUCCGUGUCUGUCAGCUCAUCAACAAGCUUUUGGGUAGCAUGUCAGAGAAUGCACUGAUAGACGACGACCUCUUCGAUCGAAUUCACGAAACCAUGCUGAUUCGCGUCACUGACAAAUUCCCCAACAUCCGCAUCCAGGCUGCGCUUGCCAUGGCUCGGCUGCAGGAGCCCCAGAACCCAGACUGCCCCACUAUGAAAGCGUACAUGCUGAUCCUUGAGAAUGACUCCAACCCUGAGGUGCGGCGUGCCGUGCUGUCCUGCAUUGCUCCCUCUACCAUCUCACUGCCGAAAAUCCUGAAGCGCACCAGAGACGUGAAGGAGAAAGUCCGCAAGCUGGCUUAUGAGGUUUUGGCAGAGAAGGUGCAUAUGCGAGCUUUGACCAUUGCUCAGAGAGUCAGUCUGCUUCAGCAAGGUCUACACGACUCAUCAGAGAGUGUGAAGGAGGUGGUGAAAUGUAGCCUGCUUCCUGCAUGGCUGCGCCUGCUGGACGGGAAGGUUCUUGAUCUCCUACACAGACUGGACGUGGAGAACUGUGCCGAGACCGCUUUUGAGGUCCUCCACGCCCUCUUCUCCAGGGCCGAGAGCCUUGAGGAGCUCCUGCAGGGGGGAGUUAGUCUGGAUGACCGGAAAUUGAUUCCAGUGGAUGCUUUGACCUGUGAGAACGUGCUGUAUUGGAGAGCGCUCUGUGAGUUUGUGAAGCAGAAAGGGGACCAGGGAGAGGAGAUCUUGGAGCAGCUGGUUCCAGAGGCUGUCAUAUUUGCAGAGUACCUUUAUGGCUAUCUGAAGCGCAUCCCGAUGCUGGGCGAGGAGCAGAUGGCUGAUGACACACAGCUGGAGAUGGUCCUGACCAGAGAGUUCAUCGGCAAGCAGCUCAUCCUGCUGGUCGGCUGUCUGGACACAGCUGAGGAGGGCGGCCGGAAGCGGGUGCUGGCCGUUCUCCAGGAGAUGUUGGUCCUGCCCAACACCCCCAUCUCUCUGAUCUCCCUGCUGGUGGAGAAGCUCAUGACUGUGCUGAAGGACGAUGACCGGCGCAUAGAGAUGAUUGCUGAGAUCAUCUCUGAGGUGCGUGAACCCAUUGUGCACAUCAGCGAACCCAUUGACGAGAAUGAAAACCGGAAGAAGCAAGUCAAGCUGGCGGAGGUGAAGGUGCACAUCAUGGAGGCCAAGCAGGCCCUGGAGGACUGCAUCAGUGCGCAGGACUUCAGCCACGCGGCUGAGCUCAAGGACCGCAUCUCGGAGCUGGAGGCCCGCAGGGCCCAGAUGGUGGCCGAGGCUGCCCAGAGCGACAACAAGGAGAAAGAAGUCCGCGUGGAGAAGUCCUCACUUUCAGACAGCACAGCCGCAUGGGCCCAGUCCGUACUAUAUGGUGAAAACAGUUUUGUUCAGAGUGAUCCUGAGACGCUGCUCAAGUGUCUGACCAUGUGUGUGGAGCUCAUGAAGCAGAUGAACAUCAAGAAGGGCAUCCGCCCCUCCAUCAAUGCCCUAAUAGAGUCCCUGGUUCUGCCAGGUAUUGCCAAUCCCAACACGGCGGUGAGGAACAUGGCUGUGGUGUGUCUGGGCACGUGUGCCCUCCACAGCAAAGACCUGGCCAACAGACACCUGGUGCUCUUACUGCAGAUCAGUCAGCUGGACGAGCCCAAGAUCAGGAUAAGUGCAGUGAGGGCGCUGAUUGACCAGCUGCUCCUCAACGGCCUGGACAUUGUGGGCCAGAGCCCCGCGCCCAAGCCUGCCCAGAGCACGGACGCACUCGACGACAGUGAUGCGCCGUCCGAGCGCCCAGCUGAAGAGGUGGAGUCGGAGGAUGGCCAGAGCACCGUCCAGAGCAUCCUGAUGAUGCUCACGGACUUCCUGGACAGCGAGGUGGUAGAGCUGCGCACUGAGGUAGCCGAGGGCUUGGCCAAGCUGAUGUACUGCGGCCGAAUCAGCAGUCCCAAGCUGCUGUCGCGUCUCGUGCUGCUGUGGUACAACCCCGUCACCGAGGACGACACCAAGCUGCGCCACUGCCUAGGCGUCUUCCUGCAGCUGUACGCCAGAGAGAGCAGGGCUCACCAGGAGUGCAUAGAGGAGAGCUUCCUGCCCACCGUGCGCACGCUGACCCAGGCUCCGGCCACGUCUCCGCUGGCCGAGGUGGACGUGUCCAACGUGGCCGAGCUGCUGAUCGAGCUCAGCCGCGCCAGCGUCCUCGUCAGGCCGGGCAAGGACGCCGCCCUGCAGGGUUUGUCGGUUCACGAUAGCCUGGCCGUGCGUCUGUGUAAUGAGAUCCUGAGGGACCCGCGGGCCCCGGAGGUCCGCCUCUACACAAAGAGCCUGAGCUGCCUGGAGCUGAGCGCCGAGGACAGCCCACUCAGGAAGGACCUGCUGCUGCUCCUGCAGGAGAUCCAAGAGGAGGUAAAGGAUAAGGUUUGCCUUCGGGCGCUGGAGAAGAUCGCGAGCAGACUGAAGUGUGACCAGAAGAAGGAUCCUAAGACUCAGGACACCACGCUGCAGGCUCUCGAUGAGAACGCUGGGGAUGUUGAAGAUAUCAGUGUCAAGAGGCCCCGGAGAGGAGGUCCGAAGAAAAGUGCAGUUGCCAGGGCCAGGAAAGGCAGUAAAGCGCGGGACUCCUCAGAGGAGAGCGAUGGGGAAAAUAUCCCUGACACACCUGUGGUUCAAAGACCAACCCGUCGGGGGAAGGCAGCAGCGGCGGCAGACAAGACGAAGCAAGACUUGGCCACCCUCUUGGACCAAGAAGCAAAUGGGUCAUAGAUGACCAAUUCUGGUUAGACACAGUAGCUAUAUUGUCUGUGAGGUUUUAAGUCUUGGGGUUCAAGUCAAUUCACAUAACCUUUUUCUGCAUUUCCUGUUAGCACUUGGUUCAUACUGAAUUGUUCAGGUGAUCUUGGUGUUACAAUGCUCUUUGGCAGGAAGAAUUAACCUUACUUUACUAAAAAUACAUAUUGUUACAAUUUCUACAACCUCAACCUUGUACACUUUUUUAAUAUCAUCAAAUAACCCUAUACAGUGUAUUAAACAUCUACGUUCUAAACCAUGUUUAUUUGGUUAAUAAAAAUAAAUCCAACACA